UCCAAUUGUAGGAAUAUCCACAUUGACAGAACCCUGAAGCUAAACUCAGGAUCAUGUUACCUGCCUCAUCCUGACAAAGAAGAAACAGGUGGAGAGGAUGCUCAUUUUAUUUGUGGUGAUGAACAAGCAAUUGGUGUAGCUGAUGGUGUUGGUGGUUGGGCGGAUCUUGGGGUUGAUGCUGGGCAGUAUGCACGAGAGCUCAUGUCUAACUCAGUAACUGCGAUUCAAGAUGAACCAAAACGUUCAGUGGACCCAGCCAGGGUCCUCGAUAAAGCUUAUACAUGCACAAAAGCCAAAGGUUCCUCAACUGCCUGUAUAAUCGCCCUUACCGAUCAGGGCCUGCAUGCCAUUAAUUUAGGAGACAGUGGAUUUAUGGUGGUUAGAGAUGGAUGUACUGUUUUCAGAUCUCCUGUGCAGCAGCAUGAUUUCAAUUUCACAUAUCAACUAGAGAGUGGUAAUUCUGGUGACUUACCAAGCUCUGGAGAGGUGUUCAAAAUACCGGUGGCACCAGGAGAUGUUAUAAUAGCUGGUACUGAUGGGUUGUUCGACAAUUUGUACAACAAUGAUAUUACUGCAAUUGUGGUUCAUGCAGCAAGAGCUGGCUUAGGGCCACAGGUGACAGCUCAAAAGAUAGCUGCAUUGGCUCGGCAAAGAGCACAGGAUAAAAACAGGCAGACCCCUUUCUCUGCUGCAGCUCAAGAAGCUGGGUUCCGUUACUAUGGCGGGAAGCUGGACGAUAUAACUGUGGUUGUGUCCUACAUAAGCAGUGACAGAAAUGAAAGAUCCAAUGGCUUACAGAUGUAGUUGCGAGCUUUCCUACUUGCUUUGAAACGCUUGGCUUGGGGGCACUAAGCUCCAUUUAAAGGGGAUGUCAAACCUUGCAUAAUAUCGUGUGAAUCUGUCGAAUAUCACUUCUGAUUUACUUGUUUCUUGGCAAUUUACCCCCUCUUUCCAACUUCAUGGACCUCACCCAAAAAAAGGUAGAUCGUGAACCUCUCCCUCUCUUUCUCUCUCUCCCUCUCCGCUUAGGGGAAGAUCAUGAGUGCUGAUCAUGUAUAUGGAAUAGGUGUUAGACAGAAAGGUGCGCCUACGGUGCUUGAUAUAGGAAUUGUCUUUCUGGAAAUAUGUUGGUUUCCAUAGAAUGCUAGCUAGGACACAUUAACUAGCAGAAUGAAGCUUUCUUGAAUUCUUUGGAACUUAAUUCUUGUCAUCUUUCGAUUGUAAUAAUUCUUGGACAUGAUUUUCCCACUGGCUGUAAAUAGAUGAGCAUUUUCGUUGCUUUA